AUGUUAAGAGUAUUGUGCAGAGCUGAAGGCUUACAGAACACUGGUUCUAAAAAAGAGUUGAUUGAAAGAUUGGCAUCAAGGAUAGUUAGUAAAAUAAACGAAAAAGAUAGGAGUAUGGGUAAUAAGAAUAUUAGAGGAGAGAUGUUUGAAGGGUUGCAAAAAGAGUCUCAAGACAGUAAGAAGAAGAAAAACCCUGCUAAAGGACUAUUGGAAAAUGUUAUUGACCUGGAAGAUGAAGCACUUUCUAAUUUCUAUGAACACUUACAAAUGAAAUAUAUGAAUGAUGAGAGUUUAACAAAGGAUAAAAAUUUACCUACACCAGAAGUAACAAAUUAUGAUAGAUUUUGGCCAGCAGAAAAGAUGUCUUCAAAGAAAGUAAUGGAGUUACCACCACUCAAAGAAAUAAUAGUCCUGGGUUCUUUAGAUCAAGUUGAAUCAUUCAACAACUCAGCCUGGAAAUUAAUUGCAGCUCACAUCAAUUGGUUAGAGUUCUAA